AUGGCUGCUGCUGCAGCUGCUGCUGCAGCUGGGCAGCUGUGCCUUCGUGUGCAGCGGCAGCAACAGUUGCUGCUGCAGCAGUUGUUGCUGCAGCCGGUGCGGCAGCAGCAGCGGUUGCUGCAGCCGCAGCAGCAGCAGCUCACUCGCGGGAUAAGCAGCAACAGAGCUGCUGACUUCGCUGCUGCUGCUGCUGCUGCUGCUGCUCUAGAGUACAGCAGCAGCAGCAGCAGCAGCAUUGAGGAGGAUGCCGAUGCUGUUAACGAUUUCUGGGCAACGCAAAGACUCUCCAGUAGCAGCAGCAGCAGCAGCAGCAGCAGCACAAGGAGGAGCAGCAACAGCAACAGCAGCACAAGUAGCAGAAUCAGCAGCAGCAGCGAUGCAAGCAGCAGCAGCAGCAUUAGCAGCAGCAGCAGCAGCAACGGCAGCAGACAGCGAGGAAUGGUGAACCAGAGGAGGGUGGUCCUAAUCUUUUCUUUACAACAGCAGACAUAA